AAAUGUUCCUUUUCAGUAUGAACCUCAUUUUUCCAGAAGCAAAAAAGUUACAUCACAAAAGUUAGUGAUUUUUUGGCGGGCUUCGCAAUUUAUUCCGAUAUAAAAUACAGAGGCGGGUCGAUUGGUCCCUGCGCACCUGAACGCUUUCUCGCGGAGGCCAUAUCCGAACAUGUCUCUCGUAGGCGGACACGACGGCGGACAAGACGGCGGCGACGGCGGUGGAAACGACUCGCAGGUCGUGAACACCCGGGUCGGCCGGCUUCUGAGAGAGCGGGAGCUGAAGGAAAGCCUCAGGAGCACGGUCUCCUCUAUAAUCGCCGGUCCCGACGGCAGCGCGCUCGAAAUCGGAACUGGUUACGACUCUUCGGGGUCUCACGACAUUGAGCGGAGCUCGGAGGGCGCCUCCGUCGACGGUUUGAGGGAAAGCGCCGACGGGAGGCCUAUCAGGCAGCGGCUGCUGGUGGUAGCGAACAGGCUGCCGGUUUUCGCAGUGAGGCGUGACGAUGAUUCGUGGUCGCUGGAGAUAAGCGCAGGGGGUCUCGUGAGCGCACUAGUGGGUGUGAAGGAGUUCGAGACACGGUGGAUUGGCUGGGCGGGCAUGAACGUGUCGGAUGAGGCUGGGCAGAUGGCAUUGACUAAAGCUCUAGCUGAGAAGAAGUGUGUCCCGGUUUUCUUGGAUGAGGUGACUGGUAACGAGUAUAAUGAUUAUAGCAACAACAUUUUGUGGCCUCUGUUCCACUACCUCGGCCUCCCGCACGAAGAUCGGUUGGCUACCACCAGGAGCAUUCAUCAAACGCAGUUUGCUGCUUACAAGAUGGCCAAUCGGAUGUUUGCCGAUGUUGUUUGUAAACACUAUGAAGAUGGUGAUAUCAUCUGGUGUCUAGACUACCACCUGAUGUUUCUGCCGAAAUUUCUGAAGGAAUAUAACAGCAACAUUAAAGUUGGGUGGUUCUUGCACACCCAUUUCCCGUCUUCAGAAAUGCAUCGAACACUUCCAUCUCUAAAAGAAGUGUUGCAUGCGGUUCUAGCUGCCGAUUUGGUUGGUUUUCACAUCAAUGGUUAUGCAAGACAUUUUGUGAGUGCUUGUACCCGUAUUCUUGGAGUCCAAUCUGUUGCUGAAGGAGUAGAGGAUCAAGAGAGAACAACUCGUGUGGCUGCGUUCCCAAUAGGAAUUGAUGCAGAAAGGUUCAUACAUGCUCUUGAAGUUCCUCAAGUGAAGAGACUCGUGGAUGAAUUAAAAGCACAAUUUGCUAGAAGAAAGGUAAUGAUGGGAGUAGAUCACCUUGAUAUGAUAAAAGGAAUACCCCAAAACAUACUAGCAUUUGAAAAGUUUUUGGAGGAAAACAGUGACUGGCAUGACAAGGUGGUUUUACUGCAAAUUGUUGUACCAACGAGAACUGACGUAGCUGAAUAUCAAAAACUUACAAGCCAGGUCCAUGAAUUUGUUGGACGGAUCAAUGACAGAUUUGGAAAUCUGACAUCACUACCAAUUCAUUAUCUGGAUCAUUCUCUUGACUUUAAUGCCUUGUGUGCACUUUAUGCGAUCGCUGAUGUAGCACUUGUCACUUCCUUGCACGACGGGAUGAAUCUUGCCAGCUAUGAGUUUGUGGCAUGCCAAAGUUCUAAGAAGGGGGUUCUCAUUCUCAAUAAAUUUGCUGGAGCAGCACAAUCUCUUGUCGGAGCACUUCUAGUAAACCCAUGGAACAUAAUUGAAGUAUCUAAUGCAAUUGGACAAGCUUUGACUAUGCCUGCAGAAGAAAGAGAAGAGUGCCACUGGUAUAACUUCAAACGUGUGACGUCUCAUACUGCUCAACAAUGGGCUGAAUCCUUCAUAAGUAACCUGAACGACACUGCUAUUGAAGCCAAGCAGAGAAUUAGAAAAAUUUCUCCUGCGCUUGUUUUUAGCGAGGGAAUCAACGCUUACUGGCAGUCUGAGAACCGAUUCCUCAUACUGGGUGGUGGUGUAUCUGAUUCAGAGGAAGUUGAGCAGAUGCUGGCUUCAAAGGACACGCUUAUAUAUGAGCUGACCCAAGAACUGGCCAAGUCAAAGUCCAAAUCCACGCUGGAUGAGCUUGAAAGAAAAGUCAAGACACUUUCGUCCGAGAACAACAUCUUGACGGAACAACUCUCGGAGGCGAGACGGGUCAAAGUACUCCCUCUGCCGAAACUCUCUAGGUAUGCGAGGGUGGACUUGGGUUUGGUAUACUUUGUGUUUAUACUAGUGUCAUCAGUGCUAUUCAUGAUGAGUGAGCCGAAAGAUGUGGAAGUCUACCCGUUUGCCAUGAUGGUGAUGGUGCCGGUAAUACUGGCCAUCCUAAUGAUGAUAGCAAUUCCUUUAAGAUGGAGCUACUACCCCUGUUUUUUGGUUCGGGAGGUCGUGAACGUGUCACUCCUCCUCGUGAUUCCAGCCAUUGUCGAUCACGAUUGUGAUUGGCUAUUGAAAGCCUGGGUUGCUGGCAACUAUUGCCAAAACGUUAUUGGUGAAUACUUA